AUGCCGCCCCCAGCCAGCCGGCCAGGGCAGCCCUGCACGGCCGCAGCGCUGCUCUGCGCCCUGCUCCUGGUCAGCCAGGCCAUCCCCAGCCGCUGCGCGGACCUCGGCUCUGUUGUGGGCUCGCUGGUGGACACUGUGAAGAGCGCCUUUGGGGGUGCCGGCGACCACGGUGGUGGCGGGGACAGUGGCAGCAGCUCCUAUGGGCCUAUCGUCAUCAAGACAGCCUCGGCUUUCCAGUAUGCUGCUGCGCCGCCAGGCAGCUCCUUGGCGGGACCUCAGGCGGGCGGCCCGCUGCAGCUCCCCCUUGGCAGCGGCGCCAGCGUCACCGUGCACCGCACUGCGCCGCACAGCGUCGUGCUGGCGCUCCAUGCCGAUGGCGCCCUCGGCCCGGCAGCCGGCAGCGCCCAGGUUCCCUACCUGGAGCAGUUUGUGUACACGGCGGAGGCGCCUGCGGCAGUGGUGGCUGCCUUCAUGCCAGCCGUGGAGGGGCCCGGCACCAGGGGCAGCCUGGCAGACGCCGUGGAGGAGACCGUGGGCCCAGACCCGCUGCUGCACGUCGUGUGCACGGGGGAGCGCGCCGCCGCCCAGCUGGCGCUGCUGUGCGGGCCGUGGGCGGCCCUGCAGUUCCCCGCCGCCAACGCCGACGUCGUAGCCUUCAACGCCUCCUGGGCUGGCUUCAACACCCAAUUCGCCUGGUCCUUGGCCCAGCUCGCCACUCUGCACUACGUCUGGCCUUUUGAUUCCAGCAACCCCGCCCUGGCUGGCCUGGCGGGCAGCGCUGGAGAUGGCGGAAACAGCAGCCAGCUGGCGACCGCGCUGAGCUCCCUGAUCACCCAGGACACCCUGAGCCAGGCGGUGGCUGUUCCCUACCUGCCGCAGUCGCUGCCACCAGACUACACUCCUAACAUAAGCGAUGACUUGGGCAGCCUGGCUCCAGCAGACCCCGAGUAUGAGCCACAGGCCAGCCAGUGUCCCGUCAUACUCUGCAAGACGAGAGACCCCAUCGAUGCCGCCUGCUUCGCAUUUGGCAACGAUGCAGACCUUGCAUCCCUGUUGCCGGGCCUGCCGGCUACACGCCUGAGUGCCCGCAGCGGCGCCGAUGCCGUGGUGGCAUGGAAUGCCAGCGCUCUCACUGGUAUCAUCAUUUGGCAGUACACUGAGUCAAAGUUUGACUGGUUUCAGAAUGCCAUCGCUUACCUCUCAGGCACCGAGCUGACGGGGGUGUGGGCCAGCACCGUCUUCCCCAACGCUUCGGUGCUGGUGGCAAACACGGGGGCGCCGCGCGUGGGCAAUGACAACUGGGAGCUGGAGUUCAGGGCCGUGGUGGGCAGGGCGUACCGCUUCGUGAACCACCUGGACGAGGUGCCGGAGCUGCCGCCGUUCGACAGCUACGUGCAGGUGCCGCAUGGCAUGUGGCUGCGGGACGAUCUGGUGCUGCUGCAGGACAGACCACCCUUUGAGGGAGACAUGCUGACGUGGCAAGAUCACGCCUGCGACGAGCUGUAUGUGCCUCCCAUCCUCAACGCCACGGCCGUCACCGUCCCUGGGUGGAUCUACAAUGCGACGGCGGCAUGA